AUGGCCAGAACACCAGCGUUUGCGUCUCCAGCGCCCUUGACAGCCACGCGCGCCUUCACCCAAUCCUCCACCUCCCCGCUCGCCCCCGUCCGCGUUCAACAAACCGCAUCUCGCAACAUUGUCCGCGCUGUCAUCGUCGGCGACCCCAAGCCAGGUCAGGUCGUUGUCUCCCCCUCCAUCCUCUCCGCAGACUUCUCCAAACUCGGAGAUGAAGUCCGCGCCAUUGACCAGGCGGGCUGCGACUGGGUCCACGUCGACGUUAUGGACGGCCGCUUCGUUCCAAACAUCACCAUUGGGCCCCUCGUCGUCAAUGCCUUGCGCCCCGUCACUAAAAAGCCGCUUGAUGUACAUCUCAUGAUUGUCGAGCCGGAGCUGCUCAUUCCGGACUUUGUCAAGGCUGGUGCCGAUAUCAUUUCUGUGCACUGCGAGGGCGAGUCUACCAUCCAUCUCCACAGAACUCUCAACCUCAUUAAGGACCUUGGCUGCAAAGCGGGCGUCGUCCUCAACCCAGCCACCCCCGCGAGCGCCAUUGAGUACGUUAUCGAGUUGUGUGACGUCAUUCUCGUCAUGUCGGUCAACCCGGGCUUCGGAGGCCAGGGCUUUAUUGACUCUGUCGUCCCAAAGAUUGCCGCCAUUCGAAAAAUGGCUGAUGACCGUGGACUCAACCCCUGGAUUGAGGUCGAUGGCGGUGUCAAGGGUGCCAAUGCGUACAAGGUCGUCAAUGCGGGCGCCAACUCUAUAGUCUCUGGAUCUGGUGUGUUCGGAGCCCCAGAUUACGCAAAAGCCAUUGAAGAUAUUCGUGCUGCGAAAACACCAGUAACUGUUUAGGUGAAAUAUUUUUAACCUUCCUGCUCUUGUCGGUAUUAAACAACUCAUAAUUCGCUGUUCAGGGAUACUUUUCGGAAAGAAA